AUGGGAAAUCGUAAUAGUAAAUCCAGAAAUAAUCAAUCUUCUAAUUACGCUAAUGAAUUAGCGUCUUCAAGUAAAAACUCUGAUAAAUAUACUUUUGAAGGUGGUAGAAGAUAUCAUAAUGUAGAGAAUUCAAAAUACUUUCUACCUAAUGAUGAUGAUGAAUGCGAUAGAUUACAUGUAAUGCACUUUACAUAUAGAUUUAUUUGGAGAAGUAACUUUUCUGCCCCAGUUGAAGAUCUUCUUAAACAAGAAGGAUCAAGAGUUCUCGACGUAGGAUUUACCGGCGUAGAUAUUUCUCCAAUUCAACCUGGUUAUAUUAAACCUAAAAAUGCUGAAUUUAUUGAAGCAAACAUAUUAGAACGUUUACCAUUUGAUAAUGAUACUUUCGAUUUUGUGUUUCAACGAUUAUUAUUUGCCGGAAUUCCUGAAAAUGAAUGGCAUUCUGUAAUUAAUGAACUAGUUCGUGUAUUAAAACCUGGCGGUUAUAUAGAGUUAUUCGAACUGGACUUUCAAUAUAGUAUCAUGGGACCCGCAACAACAAAAAUUAUUAAUGGCAUAAUAAAUUUAUUUCAUGAACGUGGUUUAGACACUCAUAUAUGCUACAAAUUACAACGUUAUUUAGAACAGCAAAAACAACUUCAUAAUGUUCAUUUUGAAAUAAAAAAACGUUACGAUGGUGAAGAUGCUGAAAAGUUAUGCAGAUUGGCGGCUGGAAAUUACGCUACUUUUCUCGAAACUAUGAAACCGAAACUUAUGAGUAUAAUUGAUGUUCCGAGUGAUGAAUAUGACGAUUUGGUCAAAAAUAUGAAAAAUGAAAUAAUAGAACUAAAAUCUUUUAAUCCACAA